CAUGUCAUCUUCACUUUCGUCUGAGUCCUCUUAUCGUCGAUAACGUCUCAGCAUUUCAUUACCCAAUCAUGGAUACGCUAAUGGCAUCAUCCUCUUCUACAGCAGCCAUUCUCCACCGUCCGCCGCCCCUUCCCUUCCGGUCCUCCAAUUCCUUAUUCUACACCGGUUCUUGCUCCACAGGUACGGCGGCGUUCUUCCGGAAGCCCUUAUUCAGCAAUCAUGGUGCUCAGAGAAAACUAAUUCACUCGUUCCAAAAUUCUUCAUCUCAAUCUUCGUCGUCGAGUGUGAAAGUGCCGAUUAAAUGUGGAGUUACCGAGAUUAACGAGAGCCAAUUCCCGGAGGUAGUAUUGAAAUCCGACCGUCCUGUUCUUGUUGAGUUUAUUGCCGGUUGGUGCGGACCUUGUCGAUUAAUCGCUCCCGCCAUCGAAUCCAUAGCAAAGGAAUACGAAGAUAAACUAUUGGUUGUAAAGAUCGAUCACGACUCGAAUCCAAAGCUAAUCCAAGAGUACAAGGUGUAUGGAUUGCCUGCUUUGAUUUUGUUCAAAGAUGGGCAAGAAAUUCCACAAAGCAGAAGGGAAGGUGCAAUUACAAAAGCAAAGCUGAAGGAGUACAUUGAUGCACUACUGAAAUCGGUAUCAGUUGCUUAACUCCAUGAAUCAUCACUUGUUUUUCUCACAAUUUAUGAGCAGCAGGGGAAUUGUAUAAAGGUGUAAAUUUAAACGUAUUACAGAUCUUCAAUUUCUCUUGCACAUUUUCUUAAUAAUAUUUAGGUAAAUUAAACAAAAUUGCAAAUGGAUUUUGGUUUUUACUUUCAUUAGAGUAUUUAUAAAAAAAAAAAAAGAACAUGUCAAUUAUA